AUAACACCUAAUCUAACGGUUCAACAUAGACAUAAAUUUUAAAAGCUUUAUCAAACGGUGCACAUAUAAUCCUAGAAAAAUAGCCGUUACACAUUGAGCGUCAACAGCUCUAACGUUUCUUUUUUCUCUCUCCAAAUCCAUCAAUCCUCACUCAUCCUUUCCUCGCUUCAGAAAAAGAAAAAAAGAAAAAAAAAAGCUAACCCUUGAUUUUCUUAUCUAAACUCAACGAACCCGGUUGUUUCUGGCGAAUAAUCUCUCUUUUUCGGUCACAUUCCGAUGGAUUUGAUCAGAAAGAACGCCGGAGCGGUGACUCCUGUGAAAAACCAGCAUGGGUCUCGAUCCAAGAAGCACGACAACUCGAGAUACACUGAGAAUUCGAACCCCAAUGUUUCCCCUGGCCCGAAACCCACCGCUUCCCCUGCGUCGAAAUCGGCAGCGAAGUCCCAGAAAUCGGCGUCCAAGAACGCAAACCCGGUAGUUCGUUCGCCCCGGAACAAGAUCCGGGAGAGAAAGUUCGUCGUCGCGAAGAAGAAAUCGAAGAAGGAGAACCCGAAUGUUGCCUGCAAGUGCAAAGAGAAGGGAAAUUCGAAGAUGUGCCUCUGCGUUGCGUAUGAAAAUCUGCGGGCGUCGCAGGAAGAGUUCUUCAAGAAGCAAAACGACGACGUCGAAUCCGAGAGUUUGAAGGAGAGCGACAGAGCUGAGCGUGAACUGGAGGAAGCAAUCGAGGAGGGCUUGAGGAUUCAGGACCUUCAAAUUGAAGAUGGGUCGGGUGAUUUCGACCCGGAUAGUGAAUUGGGUUGUUCGACAAUCAAGAGAAGAAGGGACAAGUUGUUGGAAGAGGCGAGGAAGAGUGUGCCGGAGCGUGGGAAGGUGAUGCAUUUGGUUCAGGCAUUUGAGAAGCUGCUUUCGAUUCCGAGCUCGAAGGAUUCGGAUGAGCAGAAUGGGGAGGAGGAGGCGGCGGAAGAGAUUGGGAAGAAGGUAGAGAAGUGGACAUUGCCUGGAUUGCAGCCUCCUCCGAAGGCGCCGGAAACACAGGUUUCAUCGUCAUCGUUUUUCCCGUCUGAUUUGUGCUUGACGUUGGAGAAUCUCGGUCUGGAUCGGCGUCCUUCAGUCUCUUCUUCUUGGGAUGGAAGUCUGGGAAGUGGUUCAAGCAGGACUUCUAAUGGGGGGCGAAGGAACAGAAGAAAUAGCUCUGAAUCUUCUAGCACGGUGGGAGGAACGAGAUGGAAGAAGAAGCAGCAACAGAGAGCCACUAGUGCUAAGCCAUUCAAGCUAAGAACAGAGGAAAGGGGAAGACAAAAGGAGGAAGAGUUCAUGAAGAAGUUACAAGAGAUGAUGAUGGAGGAGGAGAGGCAGCGGAUACCAAUUGCUCAGGGCCUCCCAUGGACAACUGACGAACCAGAGUGCUUGCUGAAACCUCCGGUAAAAGAAAUUACAAUAGCAACCGACCUGAGGCUCCACAGUGACAUGCGGGCAGUAGAGCGAGCUGAGUUUGACCAUCAGGUGACAGAGAAGAUGAGCCUGUUUGAGCAAUACAAGAUGGAAAGAGAGAGACUGCAGAAGUUGGCAGAAGAGGAGGAAAUAAGAAGAUUGAGAAAGGAGCUUGUCCCGAAAGCACAGCCGAUGCCCUACUUUGACAAGCCUUUCAUUCCCAGAAGGUCAAUGAAGCAUCCAACUAUACCGAAAGAACCAAAAUUUCAUGUGCCUCAAAACAAGAAGAUCAAGUGCUGCUUGUCAUGGAACGAUAUGAGCUCCUACACUUACGAACAUUGAAGCCUGAAGUAGAAGACGAGAAAGAACCCUUAAUCUGUUUCUCCCUAGCCUUGUUCAUUCCCCCUUUCGUAUUAGUGACCAUCAAUCAUGUCUUUUAAAUUUUUAAUCCUGUAUAUGAUUUGUAAGCAACUAGUUUAGCUGUGAUAUUUCCACCAUUAAUUUGAUUCUUUGAAAGAUCUUUCUUAAGAGGUACAAAGAUAAUUUAUGGUGUGACAAUCGUUCUUCUCAAAUGAAAUUCAUAUUUGGGAUUUGGGGAA